AUGGAAGUAAGGAUAGAUCAAGUGCAGUUAAAUCACAGCCAUUCAUUGACCAGUUACCCAACCCCAGUGCAGUUGAUUCACCGCCAUUCAUUGACCAGUUACCCAACCACAGUGCAGCUGAUUCACAGCCAUUUAUUGACCAGUUACCCAACCCCAGUGCAGUUGAUUCACCGCCAUUCAUUGACCAGUUACCCAACCCACAGUGCAGUUGAAUCACAGCCAUUUAUUGACCAGUUACCCAACCCCAGUGCAGUUGAUUCACCGCCAUUCAUUGACCAGUUACCCAACCACAGUGCAGCUGAUUCACCGCCAUUCAUUGACCAGUUACUCAACCCCAGUUCAGUUGAUUCACCGCCAUUUAUUGACCAGUUACCCAACCCCAGUGCAGCUGAUUCACCGCCAUUCAUUGACCAGUUACUCAACCCCAGUUCAGUUGAUUCACCGCCAUUUAUUGACCAGUUACCCAACCCCAGUGCAGCUGAUUCACCGCCAUUCAUUGACCAGUUACCCAACCACAGUGCAGUUAAAUCACAGCCAUUUAUUGACCAGUUACCCAACCCCAGUGCAGUUGAUUCACCGCCAUUCACUGACCAGUUACCCAACCACAGUGCAGUUAAAUCACAGCCAUUCAUUGACCAGUUACCCAACCACAGUGCAGCUGAUUCACCGCCAUUUAUUGACCAGUUACCCAACCACAGUGCAGUUAAAUCACAGCCAUUCAUUGACCAGUUACCCAAACACAGUGCAGUUGAAUCACAGCCAUUCAUUGACCAGUUACCCAACCCCAGUGCAGUUGAAUCACAGCCAUCCAUUAAGCAGUUACCCAAACUAAUGCAGUUGAAUCACAGCCAUCCAUUAACCAGUUACCCAACCCUUGUGCAGUUGAUUCAUAGCAAUUCAUUGACCAGUUACCCAACAACAGUGCAUGCAGUUGAAUCGCAGCCAUUCAUUGACCAGUUACCCAACCCAGUGCAGUUGAUUCACAGCCAUUCAUUGACCAGUAACCCAACCUCAGAGCAGUUGAUUCACAGCCAUUCAUUUACCAGUGACCCAACCCCAGAGCAGUUGAUUCACAGCCAUUCAUUUACCAGUGACCCAACCCCAGAGCAGAUGAAUCACAGCCAUUCAUUGACCAGUAACCCAACCCCUGUGCAGUUUGCCCACAGUCAUUUAUUGACCAGCUACCCAACCCCAGUGCGGUUGGAUCAGAGCCAUUCAUUGACCAGUUACCAUAACUAA